UGUCCCCCGCGGAGGGGCCCGGGGCUGCGUCCCCCGCGGCAAGCGGGGAAUCCCAGCGGGACCCAGCCCCACGCGGGCCUCAUGGUGCCCGUGGGCUUUGCUUGCUGCGAGCCCGCGUGGGGCUGGUGCGAGGAGAGGGGGAAGCGGGCAGCCCGCUCCGCCUGCCCGGGGGGCAGCCCUGAGGGUGGCAUCGCUGUCUCCUUCCUUUGUGCCCCUCCAUCACUGACCAGCCCCUCUGUGUCUUCCCCGCAGCAAGGAGAGCUCAACUCCUUCCUCUGGACCAUUCGCCGAGACCCCCCCGCUUAUCUCUUCGGCACCAUCCACGUGCCCUACACGCGAGUUUGGGACUUCAUCCCUGACAACUCCAAGGCCGCCUUCCACGCCAGCUCCAGCGUCUACUUCGAGCUGGACCUCACGGACCCCUACACCAUCUCGGGGCUGGCCAGCUGCCAGAUGCUGCCGCACGGGGAGAACCUGCAGGACGUGCUGCCCCGGGAGCUGUACCGCCGCCUCAAACGCCACCUGGACUACAUCAAGCUGAUGCUGCCCCACUGGAUGACCCCGGACCAGCGGGGCAAAGGGCUCUAUGCCGACUACCUCUUCAACGCCAUCGCCGGGAACUGGGAGCGCAAGAGGCCCGUCUGGGUGAUGCUCAUGGUGAACUCCUUGACGGAGACGGACAUCCGCUCCAGAGGGGUGCCGGUGCUCGAUCUCUACCUCGCCCAGGAGGCCGAGAGGAUGAAGAAGAAGACGGGUGCGGUGGAGCGGGUGGAGGAGCAGUGUCACCCGCUGAAUGGGCUCAACUUCUCCCAGGUGCUGUUUGCUCUAAACCAAACUCUGCUCCAACACGAAAGCCUUCGAGCAGGGAGUUUGCAGGCCCCCUACACCACUGAGGAUCUCAUCAAGCACUACAACUGUGGAGACCUGAAUGCUGUGAUAUUCAACCAUGACACUUCUCAGGUGCCAAAUUUCAUCAACACAACACUCCCACCCCACGAGCAGGUGACAGCUCAGGAAAUAGACAGCUACUUCAGACAGGAGCUCAUCUACAAGAGGAAUGAGAGGAUGGGGAGAAGAGUGAUGUCACUUUUAAGGGAGAACAGAGACAAGAGCUUCUUCUUUGCCUUUGGAGCAGGUCACUUCCUGGGUAACAACACUGUGAUUGAUGUACUGAGACAAGCAGGAUUUGAAGUGGAGCACACCCCUCCUGGACAACCAAUUGGAAAUUCAAGGACGACAAAGACAAGCCCAGCCUUGGAGGGACUCUCAGUGACAGCCCUGCCCCCUGUCCAGCUUUCUGAGCAGGUCCCACUGGCAUCUCCUUCCCUGAAGCCACAGCAGAUGGACGAAGAAGACAGCCUGUCUCCUCACCUCUUGUUGCCUGACAGCAUCAGCCAGCUGGAGGAGUUUGGCAGGCAGAAGAAAUGGCACAAGAAGCAGCACAAGCACCAUCGCCAGAGGCAGUUCAAUGACCUCUGGGUUCGGAUAGAAGACAGCACCACCACAUUGCCUUCCUACAUCAGGAUAACCAAUGGCUACAUCACAGUCAAACCUCCCAUCUGGAUUUCCAACCAGCUGGAUCAGAGGCCACGUCCUGGCCGCCCAUCCCAGCCCCAGCCCACGAGCUCAGCCCCAGCCAGCCUUCCAUGGCCAUCAGUAACAUUUCCUCUCUGCAUGGCCAUAGCUUCUUUUCUCCUGAGCCUACUGCAGCCCUCCUGACCACAUUAGUAUUACAUGCAAUCCUUGGAAUAGAGAGAUAAUUUAUGAACAAAUUGGAGUUUAAGACAACAACAGUUACAAGCUGGACCUUCUCAGUGACUCAGUAGUGCCUUCUAGCUGAUUUUGUCUCUUUGCCCAGAUACAUUUUGAAACUCUAAAGCUUUAUUGUAACACUGACUUACAUCUUCUUUUUGUAGAAGGAUCUUUAUUUCCCAUAGUGCUAUGGGGUUUUGUAAAAUAUACAUGUUCAUAUAAAGAAAAAAAAAAAAGAAAAAGAAAAAUGUAUUUAUUCGACCGGUAAACUUAUUUUUCUUGUUGUAUAUGUUAAUAACAUCCCUAUUAAUCAGUAAUGAUGGUGAAACAGAUAAAUUAAUAUUUUCUAUAUUUGUUUUCUGACAAUUCUGCAAAUGUCUGAACUGACACCAAAUGAAUGCUUUCUUUAUUUCUUUAACCAUUACAUUUUACAGCAACUGUCCAAUAAGUACAUUUCUGCUGAACUUCUUUAUUUUACCUCUUUUAUCUCAUUAGCAUAUCUUACACUGAAUAAAGCAGAUCCUACUCUCUGGGGCCUGUGCUCUUUAGAAAAAUAAGUACAUUCUUAACUCGUUAGCUGCCACAAUCUAAAAUACCAGUUAUUUUUACAUGACUUAGUAAGUCAUUAUUCAGGAUAAUCCUCUCCAUUCCCCCUCUUUUGUUUAACUAAACUAUUUAACUGCUUCAGAAAUUGCCAGUUUCCCCCUUUGCCCUGAAAUUAAUUCACCAGCUAACACAUAUUAAGGCACCCUUUUCUUAAUAAAAAAUUGCUUUUAAAGUCUGGAAUAAUCCUACUUGGAAUUAUUUUCUUCUCUCCCUCAUUUUAUAGAAGUAUACGCCUAC